AUGCCAAAUAUCUAUUUGUACUUUACUGAAUAUUUUCAUUCUUUAUUUCUUUCUAUUUUUACUUUCUUUUUCUUUUUUCUUUCUUUCUGUUCUUUUAAACAUAGUUACUUUCUUUUAGCUAUAACAUAUUUUCUUUCUGUUAGAUAUAGUCUUUCUUUCUUUUAUAAUUUUUCUUUUCUUUCAGUCAUAGUUUCUUUAAGUAUAGUCUUUCUUUCUUUCUUUCUUUCUUUCUUUCUUUCUUUCUUUCUUUCUUUAUUUAUUUAUUUCUUAGAAAUAGCCAAUUCUUACUCCUCCUCCUUUUAUUCUUUCCUUUUUCUUUUUUUCCCCUUCUUUCCUUCCUUUACCUUUCAAAAUUGCUGUUUUGCUUCUCCAUCUCUUUCCUUUCCUACCUCUUUUCCUCCCUCCUCUUUCGCUGCCGGUUCCAGUACAAAUAUAGUUUUUAGACGAAACACUGACUUGCUGUCUGAUUGCAGCUGUCUUCUAGAAACCGUGUUGAGUAACUUAAGCUGCCAUCUAUCUAUCUAUCUAUCUAUCUAUCUAUCUAUCUAUCUAUCUAUCUAUCUAUCUAUCCUGAUAAUAGCACAACACGUUAUAAUAUUUAUGGUUAUCUAUCUAUUCAUUAUCUAUCUAUCUAUCUAUCUAUCUAUCUAUCUAUCUAUUCUGAUAAGAGCACAGCACAUGUUAGAAUAUUUAUGGCUAUCUAUCUAUCUAUCUAUCUAUCUAUCUAUCUAUCUAUCUAUCUAUCUAUCUAUCUAUUCUGAUAAGAGGACAACACAUAUUAGAAUAUUUAUGGCUAUCUAUCUAUCUAUCUAUCUAUCUAUCUAUCUAUCUAUCUAUCUAUCUAUCUAUUCUGAUAAGAGCACAGCACAUGUUAGAAUAGUUAUGGCUAUCUAUCUAUCUAUCUAUCUAUCUAUCUAUCUAUCUAUCUAUCUAUCUAUUUAUUCUGAUAAGAGCACAGCACAUGUUAGAAUAGUUUGGCAUUAUCUAUCUAUCUAUCUAUCUAUCUAUCAUCUAUCUAUCUAUCUAUCUAUCUCUCUCUCUCUCUCUCUCUCUCUCUAUCUAUUCUGA